UUGGGUUGAGCUGGGCCUCGCUGACCCAGGUACUAGUUCAGGUUUGGUGGAUGAACAGGCAGAACACUGGGAACUCUGGGAACAGGAAAAGCAGGCCAGUGGGAGUGUUUUACCCUUUAACUUAACCGAACAUUCACAAGUGUUGCUGAUAAGUGCUGAUAAUUCCAGUCAGGGGCAAGUUGGAGCAAAACCAGGAGCAGAAGAAACCAGUUUAGCUCAAGUUUCAGAGGCAGGAGAAGGAAAAGGCUGAGAAAUCUGAAAAUUCUGACAAAUCUGACACAUCUGGAGGCUGUGAAAACUGUGACAUCAGGACGGAGGAAACCGCUGCAGACAGUAACAAAGGAGGAACAACGCACAAGUAGACGACAACUACACCAGCUCAGCCAUGGAGAAGGUCCGCUGUGUAAAGGCGAAGACACACCAACCCAAUUACCAGCGGUUGGACAUCGUCAGGCAGUCUGGCAAGGCACCCCAAUCUGGUCCAUCCCAGUGUGUUCUCUGUACUGAUGCCUGUUCUGGGUUUCAUCCUCAUCCCUGGAGGAAAGUUUGCAUCACAUGUGGCUGCAGCACCAUCAACCACACUCCAGGAAGUGAUGUCGAAGAUGAUCAGCGAAUGGGACGUCUGCUCACUGACUCACCCUGCUCCCAUUUGACGGCCAAGGUUAAAGGAGGCGGCGGCCUACGCAUGUAUAAGAGGAACCAGAUGAUUGUGACCAAUCCUGUUGUGUCACGCAAAGACCCGACCUUUAACACCACCACAUAUGAGUGGGCGCCAGCUGGGCUGAACCAGAAAUGGUACUGGAACGCAGCCAUGCAAUACAUGGAGUUCCUGCCUGAGAGUCGCCGUCCUGUGUCCGGUACCAACGGCGCCAUGGAACGGCGAAGGCAGCUCCUCAGACAACUGCCCGUCUAUGACCACGACCCCAUGAAGUGCACAAGUCUGGACACCGAUGACCAGAUUUCAUCAAUGCUGCUGUUUGUGAAACAGUACAAACAGGAUGUGCUGGGAGUGGGGGAGGUGGCCUUACCAGGGGAGGCAGGGGCUCUAAGGGAAGCAGCCAAUCAGAGGUCAGCAAAAGAGACCAGCAAAAAGGAGGCAGUGGCCCAUCAGGACAGCUCCUCUGCUGCCACCGAUCCAACACAUGAGUCCAAUAAUGUUCGAUAUGUAUGUGCUGGUUGCCAUGGAGAUGUUGACAAAGAUACUCCAGCUAUAUUUGCAGAGCGUCCCGGUUACCUCAGCGCCCUGUGGCAUCCGACCUGCUUCAACUGCUCUAUCUGUGGUCAGGGGUUGGUGGACCUGGUGUACUUCUGGUCCAAUGAGAAGCUGUUCUGUGGACGACACUACUGUGAGACAGUGAAGCCACGAUGCUCCGGCUGUGACGAGCUGAUCUUUUGUCAGUCUUUCUUCACUGCGAAGGAUGGACAAACGUGGCACCAUCACCAUUACUGCUGUUGGAAAUGUGGACAGAGUCUGGAUGAACCCUGUAAACACUGACACAAACACAGGGUUUAAACGAUGGUGGUCUGUAAACCACACUAACAACUACAGCUCAUGCAUCUGGAAAACUCAUGUGUGAUUGUGUUGAAGUUAAUAAUAACAAAAGGAAAUUAACAGGCUGUUCCUUUAAUAUUCUACAUAAACAGUGAAAAAUGAAAAGAUCCAUUCAACAGGUUGAUUUCAGCCUCUGGUUGGUUUAAAUAAAGGUUAUGUGACUGAUUGGUAUGAAAGUAUUAGAACCUCCUGAACGGAUACAUCUCCUCAUAUCUAAGUACUGUCACUUCAAAGAAUGACACAUUCAAAUGCAGACAUGCUACAUACUACAGACAUUUACUGUGUUAAAGUCCUGACAAUGAACAUGUCAUGACCAGUAAAACCCACAUACUGAUGAAACUGGAAUUCCACUAAGUAUUUCUCUGAAAAGGUGUCAAAUAUUGAUAUUUUUCUCUCAAAGGAAGGAUAGUAAAACCCCAAACCCUUUUAAAAACAAACUCUUAAAAGUUUAACUUGUAAUAUGUCAAGUCCAGAUCAGGCGUUAAAAAUACAAAUAUUAGUGAACUGGACAGUGAAAGGCUGGAAAAGCAGGUUUUUCCACUAAUGAACCAAUGGUUUCAUUAAUGAAUGUGUGCUCUGUUGUAUUCUAACACACUGUGUGUUGUAUUGUUUAAUAAGUGUGUUUGAUCCAACUGCAGACAUUAAAGAUGAAU